CUCUUUGAUUUUCGGUGCGGACUGCUCACGUUCAAAGCUUGAUGCGGGCGAAAUGGCUUUCUAUAUAAUAUGAAAUGCUGAUUUGGAGUUCAUUACUUCAUUGCCCAAAACCAAACUCAAACCUUUAAACAGAUCUUUUGCUCCUCCAUACGAUGGCUUUAGAAUCAUUUGCUUUCAAUGUUGCCCAGAAAGUCCUUGAAAAGCUAGCUUCCAAAGCCUGCCAAGAAAUUUCAAUUGCAUGGGGUGUUCAAGGGGAACUGAAAAAGCUUGAGGAUGUCUUGAUGACUGUUAAAGCUGUGCUGUUGGAUGCCGAGGAGAAACAAGUGAGCAAUAAUGAUGUGCGAGUGUGGCUGAUUAAGCUUAAAGAUGUUCUUUAUGAUGCUGAAGAUGUACUCGAUGAAUUUGAAUGUGAGACUCAGAGAAAGCAAUUGCUUAAAUUAUAUGGAAGCACCACCAAAAAGGUGGGUCGCCUUUUUUCAUCCUCUAAUCCACUUGCUUUCUCUUUUAAAAUGGGUCAUAAAAUAAAACAAAUAAGAGAGCAAUUAGAUGAAAUUACAUCUCAUAAGGCUAAGUUUCAUCUUAAUGAACGAGAUGAAGGUAGGCGUUCUAUGCCUAAGGAAAGAGCGAUGACCCACUCCUUUGUAAAUGUGUCUGAUAUUAUAGGAAGAGAUAAGGAUAAAGAAAAUAUCAUCAGACUUUUACAAAAGCCUAAUGAUGGUGGAAAAAUCGAUGUUAUUCCUAUUGUGGGAAUUGGUGGUUUGGGGAAGACUGCACUCUCUAAAUUAGUUUAUAAUGAUAAAAGAGUACAAGAUCAUUUUCAACUUAAGAUGUGGGUAUGUGUAUCAGAAGAUUUUGACAUAAAAAAUUUGAUUGAGAAAAUUAUUAAAUGUGUCACCAGUGAUGGAGAGAACAGAAGCAAUUUGGAAGUGGAACAGUUGCAAAAAAUCUUGCGAGAAAAAAUUGGUGAUAAAAAAUACUUUCUCAUUUUAGAUGAUGUGUGGAAUGAAGAUUCUAUGAGGUGGGAUCCAUUACAAGAGCUUUUGUUUACAGGUGCUAAUGGAAGCAAAAUUUUAGUAACUACGCGUAGUAAGAAAGUAGCCUCCAUUAUGGGCACCAUUCCAGAACCAUAUGAGUUAUCAGGUCUUCCGCAUGAUAAGUGUGUGGCUUUGUUUACUAGAUGUGCAUUUAAAGAAGGUGAAGAGAAGCACUAUCCAAACUUGUUAAAAAUUGGGGAUAAAAUUGUAGAAAAAUGCAAAGGGGUUCCAUUAGCAGUGAAGACACUAGCAUCACUUCUUUUAACAAAUAAAGAUGAAAAUUACUGGAAAUUUAUAAGAGAUAGUGAGUUGUGGAAAAUAGAGCAAAAGGAAAAUGACAAAAUUUUACCUGCUUUAAGAUUAAGUUAUGAACAAUUGCCUGCUUAUUUGAAAAAGUGCUUUGCUUAUUGCUCCUUUUAUCCAAAGGACUACGAAUACACAAGUUUUGCAUUAAUUCAAUUUUGGAUGGCACAUGGACUUCUUGAAUCAACAAAUGAAAAUGAAGAUUUAGAAGAUAUUGGGUGGCGCUAUUUUCAGGAGUUGGGGUCUAGAUCUUUUUUUCAAGAUUUUGAGGACCAUGAUUGGUAUAUUGACUGUAAAAUGCAUGAUCUAGUACAUGAUCUUGCAUUAUCAUUGACACAAAAUGAAUUUUCAGCAAUAACCUCAACCACCACACACAUCUCAAAGAGUGCGAUGUUUGUCAUGGUGUUUCCACUCUCUUACAAGAUUUAGAGCAUGUGCGAACUGCUGUAUUUAUGAGAACUGAGGAAAUCAGUCAAUCAGCCUUGGAUUUAUGUUUGUCAAGAUUAAAAUAUUUGCGGAUGUUGGACUUGUCAGAAUCCCAAUUAGAGGUACCGCUGGAAAGGAUUGGGUCUUUAAAGCAUUUGAGGCUUUUAUUUUUACCUGAAAUUAAAAAGGUCCCCAAUUCUAUUUGCAAGUUACAGAAUUUACAAUCUUUGUUACUUCGUACUGAGGAGUUACCCAAUGAUAUAAGGUACUUGAUCAGCCUUAGAUUUCUAAUUUUUUCCACAAAGCAGAAGUGUUUGGCAAAGAAUGGACUAGGCUGCUUGACAUCUCUUAGGUUUUUGGGCAUUGUCGAAUCUGAAAAUUUAGAAUACUUGUUUGAAGAUAUGCAAGGCCUCAAACAUCUUCGAACACUGAUUAUUAGCGAAUGUGAAAGCUUAAUCUCUUUGCCUCAAAGUAUGAAAUACCUCACUGCAUUAGAGACUCUUAUAAUCGAGGAUUGUGAAAACCUCAAUUUGACGAUGGAGGAAGGGAAAGCCGACCAAGACUUGGCUCGAUUCAGCCUUCAAAGGCUGAUACUCAAACAGUUACCAGAAUUGGUAGAGUUUCCAGAAUGGCUUCUUCGAGGAUCCACCAACACUUUGCAACUCUUAAAACUAAGAAUGUGUACAAACCUCAAAGAAUUGCCUGCGUGCCUACAGAAUAUAGUAUCUCUUCAACAAAUUGUGAUCGAGUAUUGUGAUGAAUUGAGUGAAAGAUGUGAACGUGGAGAAGGUGAAGAUUGGUCCAAGAUUGCUCAUAUCCCUAAAAUUGUUCUUCACGGUUCUGAGAUCAAUUCCACAGAUGAUUCUCACAUCGAUUCAACAAGUGAAGAUUAGAUAUCAUGGCAACUCUGCUGAAAAUGCCAACUGCUGAAUGUAACAAUGUUUGUAUUUGAUGUUGUGCUUGUUCUGUGCUGUAAAUUGCCAAUGCAUGUGUUUUAUAUUGUAAAUAAUGUUUAAGAAACUUGUUAAUCUACUAUUUGUAUCUCUAAACUGUUGUUUCUUUUACUUUUAUAUUGUAAAUAUAAAAAGUAUUUAUAUUUGCGAUAGUGCUUCAUGUCCUAAGAAAUUUUGCACAUGAUGGAAAGCUUGUUUUCUCUGUUCACCAACCCAAUUUCGAUGUCGUUGAUUGGCUCGAUGAUCUCUUCCUCCUUUCCAGCAGAAAAAGCUGUUUAUUUUGGAGAAGAAAUGAUGGUUACAAAGGUAAGCUAAGUUCAAAUUUGAAUUAUAUUUGAUCAAUAAAAGAAAAGGGUAUCGUAUCAUGUUUGUUAGGAUGUAACUGAAUGAAAUAUACAGACAAAAAAUGAAUUUUUAUUAUUACAUUCAAUUUACAUCUUACCAAACAUAUGAAUACUGUCUUAUAUCACAGUUGUUCGCUAAAGCUGCAUUUCCUUGUCCAAGAAAAAAGAAAUCCUCCUGAUCAUUUCCUCUGAUACAUUACUUCAUUCGACAAAAUAGUUGCUGCUUUAAAGCAAACUCAAAGACAAUGAUUCCUUAGUCAACAUGACUACAUCAGAGAUCAAAAACAAGGAAAAGGUUACAAGAAAUCACAUGCACUGUAUGUAGUUUCUACUCAGUAAUUUGAUUCUAGUCAGUAAUUUAUUUUUCAUUGGUUUCUUCAAUCAAUCUUGGCAUUAAAAUGUAACAAUAUUAAUUAGAAAAAAGAAAAAGUAAAGGUUCUCCACCUUGGCACAAUAGUAAGGUUGCUCUUUUGUGACUAAAAGGUCAUGGGUUCCAAAUCAACAACCCGUCGCAAUGUAGGAGUCUUAUGCAAUAGGGAUAAGCUUUUAGGAAAAAGAAGAAACCACAUGAUCACUCCCUUUUAAACUGAUUUCCAAUUGAUAAAAUACAGAUCUUGCAGGAAGAACAUGUCAACGUAUCAAACACAAGUUAUCCCAGCUGGUGGAAGAAAUUAAGCACAUUGACUCAUUGUUCAUCCACAAACACGUGCAGAGACUUAGGUACUAUUGGAUGAGAAUGUUAUUCUACAUUAUGGUACGCAUAGGUGCUGGGCUCUCUUUGGGAGAGGAAGAUGUGCUGGGUUUCUUUAUGGCAUCGUGGUUCUCAUGUCUCUUGGAGGCUUACCUUUUGCCAUGGAGGAAAAAAAGAAGGUAAGGAACUAAGGAACAAUACUUUCCAAAGGUUAUCCAAUCCAUUUGGGUAUUGUACGUAGCACUUAAAUUCCAAUUUCCGGCCUGUUUAAUUUAUCUGUUCUUCCAUAGGGGCACAUCUGUGAUUUUGGCACUUGGACUAAUAAUUAUUGGCAAUGGGUUUUUUAUUGGCCUCGUAACCCAUAUGAUUGGGAGCUGCAGUUGCUUGCUAAUCUUCUUUCUCUGUUGAGCUCUUUCAAGCUGUGUCCUCAAGGAAUGAUAGGCUAAUGUGGAACCAUCACUGAAUGGAGUUUUGUCAGCCAAUUCUUUCUACAAAUGCUUGUUAAACGCUUCUUUCCAAUCCCAAGAUUUUUCUGUUAACAUCUGGUGUAGGCUUGCAGCUCCAAAGGCGAAAUUGUUGGUAUGGUUGGCACGUCAGGAUAGGUUAUGGACGAAAAAUUGGUUGUCUUCCAUUGGUAUUCUAGAUCCUUCGCAACAUAUCUGUCCUCGUUUUAUGGUACAAGGAGAAACAGAAGCUCAUCUUUCCUACACUGCCCCUAUUCUUGGAAUGUUUGGACUUGGAUUCUAAGAUAGCGGUAUAUUAAUUUUUGAUUGCUGAGCCCCAUUUUAUGUCCCAUUGUAGAGUGGAAGACUUUAGCCAUGUCUUUUCAUAGACUCAGUUUGGACAUCCUCAUCCACUUUCCUUUUGCUCUGCUUCAUUUGAUUGUGUGAAACGGAAGGUGGAUGGCUCUUUGCGAGGGAAUCCUGGUCCCUGUUCCAUUGGGGGUGUUCUCUGUGAUCACAUAGGUUUAUUUGAGUAUUUUUCUAAGUGAAGCAAAUAUGGCUACCAAUUGUUUAGCUAAGCAGGGUCACUCUCGUAUGUCUUCAUAUAUUUCUUUUAGGAUUGUCUAGAUUUUGCUGUGUCUUUAUUGAUCUGAUAUGACUUUAGUCUGUUUUUGUUCUUAAUGGGGUGAGGAGGUUGCUGCUUUAGGUCGGGUCUUGUGGGGAAUGCCUGUUGGCAUGGGCUAGGUUGCAACUCUCCUCAUCUUCUGUAUUUCUCUGUUUCUUCAAUGAAAUUUCUUUCUUAUAUUGUAAA